AUGGCGUUGCUACUGCCUCUACCCUCAUAUUCUCCAGCAACUGAGUCCUGGCAGUCUUAUGUUGCCCAUUUCAAAUGCUACCUCAAGGCAAAUGCUUUCACAGACCUGACAGACAAUCGAAAGAGAGCUCUCUUCCUCACUGUCUGUGGUUCAGAAGUUUUUGAGACGGCUCGGGCCCUCGUCGCACCACUUGCUGUGCAAUCUGUGCUUUGGGAUACAUUGAUUGAGAAACUCAAGGGGCACUACGCACCUAAAAUCUCAAGAAUCGCUGUUCGCCACGUUUUCCAUCACCGGAUACAACUGGAGGGGGAGACAGCGAAUUCCUGGCAGCCCUCAGGAAGGCUGCAUACCACUGUGAAUUCCGGGACUUGGACGAUGCCUUGCUUGAUCGAAUCGUGUGCGGUGUGAGGGAUGAAAAGCUACAGUGCCGGUUCCUUGCCAAAUCUGACCUCACUCUCAAACAAGCCAUCGAGGAAGCCCAGGCCAUGGAGGCAGCAAAACAUUCAACAGCAGAGAUCUGCAAGGCCUACAGCCCUACGAUUCCAAAGAAACCGACUACGGUUUACCAUGAGGAGAUCAGCAAAUCUGAGAGUUGUUCAGAUAACGAGGAUGACGUCUGUCGCAUCAAACAGAAACGUGGAAUAGUCAAGCAGUGA